AUGGAGAAGGACAACGUCCGGCAUUACCGAGCUUACGAGGGUUUCAAGCCGGCAAACAACGGCAACACGUCGUCGCUCAAGCGAUCGAAAUCGACGUCGGAGCGCGCGAAGGCGCAUUCGUCUCGGCAAGUGAGGUGCCUCUGCUUUGGUGGAGUGCCGGACAAGGCCAGCCAGCACUCGUUCCUGAAGGGAUGUCUCAUAAACUUUGCGAUAUGCAUCGUGUUGCUGGCCUACACCCUGUUGGGCAGCGUGAUCUUUCUGGCGAUCGAGCGCGGCUCCGACAUUGACCUACAGCAGCGAACCCUAGCCACGACAGUCGCCGGGAACCAGCAGACCAGGAGAAACACCACUGCUUGGUUGAAACAACUGAAUUACGAGGCCCGGGCGAGGACCGUGGAGAAGAUCUGGACCAUCACGGAGAAUCUGAAUAUCCUCUACCGUGAGAACUGGACGAAGCUGGCGGACAAGGAAAUCGCGCAGUUUCAGGACCAACUGGUGAAGAGGAUCAUGGAGGACAUGAUGGCGACCCAAAAUGCCGGGACGUACACGGGGGGCUCGACCAGCGAGACCGUAACGGAACGCCGUGUGCCUGAGUACGAGUGGAACUUUCCGAAGGCAUUCCUCUAUUCUCUGACGGUUCUCACCACCAUCGGUGAGUUUUAG